GAAAUUUGCAUAAUCAAGAUGGCAGAGCGAAGAAGGAGGAAAGAAGCUGUGGCGCAACACCGAGAGAAAAACCUCAGUUUUAGAUCCUCCAGAAGGUUUACAGCGAUGGAUCGACUACUUUCCGUCCUUUUUGUGAUGCUGAUAUACGUGUCACACUCACAGGGGAAAUAUAUAUCCGGACAUUUAGAAACAAAGGAGCAAUGGGCUUUCCUGGGAAGAUUCUGUUUUCUGUCGGAGCUGGGGAGGUUGAAGUUCCAGUUCACCUACAGUCCACAGGAGGUAUGUGGGAACAGUGUUGGCUGUCAGAACAUUCUCUUAUAUUAUGAUGAGGAGGACCAAUGGCCAGCUGUGUACCCACAUCCAGAAAAGAAUUGCUUUGAAAAGGAGGCAGUAGUUAACGUAGACCAGAACCAGGUCAUCAACCUGACCACUAGUUAUAGGUGGAGCGGCUGUGAGCUCAGCGAUGAUGGAGAAUCCAUGUCCUGCGGGGGUGGGCGUAGUUUCCGUUCAGCCCGUGAACGCUGGUGGUACAUCGCUAUUAGCAACUGUGAUGGCAAAAACGGCCUUGACAUCCAGUAUGAGAUGACACUAACAAACGGCAACAGCUACUGGACCCAACACUUCUCUGCUGAUGAGUUUCAUAUCCUGGAGACAGACAUCACAUUCCUGGUUCUGUUUGCUGGUAUCCUGGCCUUGUCUGUCUGGGUAGCAACCAUUCUUCGGUCGCGACAACUAUUUCACACAUCCUACAAAAUGUACAUGGCUGCUGUUGGAUUUCAUGUUUUUAGUCUGUUUUUGCUGUGCCUGCACUACGGACAGUAUGGGAAUGAUGGCAUAGGUCUGCCUGCUGCACAACUCUUAGGUCGGAUUUUCCAGUCUGUGAGCUCCCUUGUGUUCCUCCUGAUGCUGAUCCUCCUGGGGAAGGGUUACACUGUCACCAGAGGUCGGUUGAGUCACUCUGGUUCUGUGAAGAUCUCAGUGUUCAUGACGCUCUACACACUCACUUACGCCAUCCUGUUUAUCUACGAGAGGGAGUUCUUUGAUGCUGGCCUGGUGCUGUACUUGUACGAGAGUCCCGCGGGGUACGGACUGAUCGGUCUCCAGCUGCUCAGCUGGCUCUGGUUCUGUUACGCCAUCUUCUUCACCCUCAAACACUACCCAGAAAAGUCGCUCUUCUACGUUCCAUAUUUCUUCUUCUACACUCUGUGGUUCCUGGCUGGGCCAAUCAUGGUACUCAUCGCAGCGUUUGUGAUCUCUAAAUGGGCCAGGGAGAAGAUAGUCAACGGCCUGGAACAGUCCCUCGCUUUCUGUGCUUAUACAUUCUUUCUGAUCCUGACCAGACCUGGAGCAGCCAACAAAAACUUCCCCUUCCACGUCAGGACAUCUCAGAUUGGCAUCAUUGAUGACUAUGAGCACAGCCCACAGCCAAACGGAAUAGCAAACGGAACAGCAAACGGCGUCAACCUGGAUCAUUUCCCACACCAGAGCAUGUACAGCACUGACAGCAGCUUUAUUGGGGGAGGGGGCCCAACUUUACUGAACUCUUCACUGUGGCCACCCCUGCUAGUAGCCAAUCCCGUCCUGCAGACAACCCCCCGCCCUACCCUGGGGGGUCGAUGGACCCAGCACGCAGAAUUCCAGACUUCACAGUGAAAUCAGGGAUCUCGUAGGAACCCUGGCUGUGCUUGAAGGUCACCGAUGUCAUGUACAGUGUGCUGACUUAUGUCCAUUGUAGCAAAAAACAAACUGUAGUUUUUAUAUUUAUAUGUAGCUACAGUAUGGUCUAACAAACAGAGCUGUAUAUAAAAACUUUAGAAGUUUGAGUGUGAUACCUAAACACAUCCUUAAUUUUUUGGUUAACCAUUUGUAUAUAUAUUGUUAAAUCCAAAGGUCUUUUAGUAAGCAUAUAAGAAGGAAAAUUUCUACAGAAUGAGUGUGCUUCUUUUAAUCCCAGAUGAAAUUUUUUUAAUCAACAAUCUACUUUAUUGAGAAAAGUAAUCUUUCCAAGGUAUAGCUUCAAGUCCAUGCAAAUUUCCUAAUUUUCCCGUAGUCUCUUUUUGGAGUGCGUGUAAAAAGGUUUUUGUAUGAAAACGACCAAUUUUUCUGACUGUGUAACAUUCCAUGUUGUUGACACAUGUACAAUGUAGCAGCGACCAACUGUCAGGAAGAUUUCCAUAUGUUGAGACCAAAUUUUAAUGUUGUAAAGUUUUCAGGGUCUUACUCAUGUGGAUAUGCUGCAUUUUCUUCCUGAUGGUAGCAUGUGGAUAAAGAGAACUAUAAUGUUGUCAAAUUCUAUUUUCAUAUUAGAUCAUGUUAUGUGAUUCCCUGGUGAUUGUACACAUUGAGCAUCUGGUAUGGGUUUGUGUGCUGGUUGGUUAGAAAUGGUCCAAUGAAGUGGCUUAGUUUUCUGAUUACCAUGUAUGGUAUGUGAUUUAUCUUAGUCAAAAAUGUUUGGAUGUGGAAAAAAUGAGGUUUUGGUAAGGUUUUGCUUGAAAAUUUUAGUUUUGGUCUCCCAGCCCUUGCUGUUGACUUUUCAUAUUUUUAUGAUAUUAUAUUGGGACAAUUUUACUGCUUGUAUUUAAAUCUAAGAUGUGAAAACUAAACUAGGCUACACCAGCAAUUUGUUCCUCCCUGAAUUUCUAUCAGAAAAUGGAAGAAGAGGAAUGACCUUAAACUAAUCCUCAUAUAACUGUGUGUUACGGUGUUUUUGAACCUGGUGGACAAGUAUUUUUUUUCUGUUUGAGUAGGUUUGUAAGUCGCACACUGUGUGUGUUUAAGAUAUUCCGCCAUAGCAAGCUGAAACUAAUGUUAAGAUCACUCUACCUGUAACAUCCAUUUCAAUGUUGGGUUGACUUUACAAUUGUACAUACAGUUUGUAUAUAUAUAUGUAUGUAUGUAUGCGUGUGUGUGUGUGUGUGUGUGUGUGUACUGCAGAAAAAGUUGGUAAUAGUUUCAUAAUGGAGGCUACAACUGCAUUGAUUGAAUUCAGUAAGGACCAUUGCUUGAAAAUAUAAUUUAUAGCACAGGUAUAAUAAAUGCUCGGUACCAGGACAUCUUUUUCCUUGACUAAAGUCAGCUCUUUUAGAUACUAGUAACAUUUUGUACCCUACAGGUGCCAUACAGCACCAAACUGUUACUGUUGUAUACUUAAUAAGCCAGAAUAUUUUGCUACAGAUAGUUGUGUGAAAGUGAUAAGUCAAAAUCUGACAUGCUCUUGAUACCUUUUGUGUGGAAUAGUCAACAGCAGUGCCCAUGAAACAAUGUCGUGGAUGGCAGUUAAUUACACAAAGAAUCAUGGACUAGCUGGAAUAGCCCAAUGGAAUGUACUGUGACAUUUGCAUGGCUGUUAUUUAUUCUGUGGGGUGAGGCUUUCCGUGCAACAUAGCCAUUGUAUGAGAAGAAUCUUUGUAAAAUUUUGAAUGAAGUGAAUUUUGAUUCUUGUUGGUCUUACCUGCAUUGUGUUUAUGUACAAGUGUUAGAACAGAUAUGUGAAAUGGGGCAUAAGAUUGUGGUGUGUGAUUGAGCUACAGGAAGUGCUGAUGAAAAAUAAUGUUUAUACAAGCAAAGGUAGAAACAAACAUUGUACGUCACAUGUUACAAAAGUGUGGGGAAAGUUUUCAUGUCAACAUUGAUGAUAUUUUGAGAAAUAGCUCUGAACUUUGACUACUUAAAACUUUUAUGCCAAUCACGUCAAGAAGCUAAGAUGCAUCUUAAACAGCUUCUUAAUCAAAUUCAGAUAUUUUAUGAUGAAUUUUAACCAUUAUACAUCUGUAUUAGCUGUAUAUUACUGAACAAACUGCUCAUUUCUGGUAUGUAUUCUAACUUCCUCACUAACACAUGAAAAAUAAUGUUGGUGUUUGGAACAAAAUUUUCUGUGAAAUAUUGUGUGUCUUUUAAUGACUUGUUUGUUGUCAAAUACAAACUUUCAAGA